AUUAGUGUUUUUUUUCAAGUGAUUUACGACUUAGUGAUAAUUUAUAGGUGUCCAUGUUGAUAGAGCGAGAUUUCUACCAGUGAAAAACACUGACGAUCUUCUGGCAAUUUCAUCAGACAUCUAUUCGAUCGGGGCUGACCGCUCUUUACAACUGACAAGCGCUAGCUCCGCUCCUACCAUAAAGCUUGGAAAGUUCUUUCAAACAGGAGAUGUUGAAAUCAUCAACAAUUCUGGAAAACAACAGGUCAAGUUAUGCACAGUGGACUUGAUCGACAGUCAAAGAAAUCCAUCAAAAUUGAUAAAAUUACGGUGCUAUAUUAGAACAAACAUUGGACCUCUUGCUCGGAUAAAAGCAUUUGAAGCCUCUAUCAGACCCCCUGGAAUGACCAGUGAGAAUCGAGGACGUUGUAUUUUCAUCAAAUUUCCUACGAAUUGGUUGAUUUGCGAUAUCAAAAUCACCGAUGUGGUCAGUUGUAAAGUGACCAGCGCACCACUGAAGACGAACACUGUCAAUACUAGGACUAUAGAAGUGCAACACACGCAGUUAUUCAUAGAGAAAACCUGA